AUAACAAAGAAUUUUUUUGCCGUCUGCAAUUUUAUCCGUUGAAAUGUUUUAAUUUGAAUUUUUGUUCCAGAAUCCUUAAUCGUAUUAAAUAAAACUUUCUGUGGAAAUGGCGGACGAAGAAAACACGUUCAAAAAACCUUCAAUCGAUUUGAAGACUUUGGGGAAAAUUCGUAAACCGGAACUACCUGUAACUACUUCAAAAGCAGACAUUCUUGCGCCGUCCACAUCAAAAGAGCCUACCAGGAAGGACAUAGAGCCACUACUCCUAGGUGAUACAAGUGAGAUUCCUCCAGUCCCAUAUAAAGAGCCAAGCUGGUCCCGAAAAUGUGACUCCUCGUUGAAUUAUGGUUUUGAAGUUCUCAAAAACGGUGUCAUUAUCGAAGAAGUGAAGCAAUUGCAGAAUAAGGCGUUUUGGCUGUUUGGACGAUUACCAAAUUGUGACAUCAAUAUGGCACAUCCGACCAUUUCCAGGUAUCAUGCUAUUUUGCAGUUCAAGAGCCCAACGGAAGAAACAAACUAUGAUUCCGACGACGAAGAAAAAGGAAAACAGUGUCUAAACGUUGAACCUGGAUGGUACCUCUAUGAUCUCAAUAGCACACACGGAACUUUCCUAAACAAACAACGCUUGACGCCGAAGACCUACGUUAGAGUGAGAGUCGGUUACAUGAUCAAACUGGGCUCGAGCUCCCGUACCUAUAUUCUUCAAGGUCCGCCAGAAGAUGUAGACGAACCGUCCGAAAUGACCAUCACAGAAAUUAAAGAAACUCGCCUGAAACAAGAAAAACUUAGGCAGGAGAUGCUUGAAAUAGAACGUCAGGAAAACGAACGAAUUGCAAAACUUAAGGAAGAGGAAGGUGUAAACUGGGGGAUGGCUGAGGAUGCGGAUGAGGAAACAGAUCUCGCACACAAUCCGUUUGCAGUUACGAACAACGAAGAACUGUUUUUGGAUGAUCCGAAAAAAACACUUCGUGGUUAUUUCGAAAGGGAAGGACACGAUUUAGAUUACAAACUUGAUGAACUAUCAGCGGGGACUUACGUUUGUAAAGUGGAGCUGCCCGUUGAUGAUGACUUUGGCCGGCCCAUUGUAGCGGAAGCAACACACAAAGGGAAAAAGAAGGAGGUAGUUGUGCAGUGUGCACUCGAAGCUUGCCGGAUCCUAGAUCGGUACGGUUUGUUACGACAGGCUACACAUGAACCGCGGCGUCGGCACACAAAAACGGCAGAUUCAGACGACGACGACGACUUUCUAGAUCGCACCGGAGAUAUCGAACGUCGUCGGCAGAGAAAGCUAGCCAAAACUUCUACAGAGGUUCACACCUACGAGGAUCUCAUUCGUCGUGAAUCGGAGUUGCUUGAAAGAUUGGAGGAAGUUGAAGCUAAAAUCCAGCGCCAUCAAAUCAUCGAAAAAGGAACACGCUUGCCGGAGAACGAUGACGACGUGGACGAUUUCCUAACGAAACUGUCCGAGGACAAACCGUAUGAUAAAUUUGAAGUGCGUCGUUUGAGAUUGGAAAAAGAUAGACUCGCGAAAGAUCAUAUAACGUUACAGAAACUAAUUAAGAUUGCAAAGCCUCUCGAUUUGCCCAGUAUGAGUCAGAAGCCGGGUACGUCCGGGGAUACGAAAGAACAAUUUAAGAAAAAGGUUAUGCCUCUCUUUGGCAAAAGGAAUAAACUCAUCAAGACUUUUGGUAUUAAGAAUUCGGAUAUAAAAGUUGGUGGAGCGACGAGCUCCAACGGAGAAGAAGUUGAACAGGACGAGGAGGACGACAAGACAGGAGAACAUCCGGAAACUAAUCACACUGACAAUGAGAAGCCUAAACGAAUGCACGGUCCAUCGUUCAAUCCUGAGCUGUUGGAAAAGCAUCGUAGUAGUAUGGAAACCGCUGCUAUGCCAGCAUCAUAUAACGCCGAUGACCAUGACCAAGAGGAACAGGUCAAUGAACAAGUUCCAACGGUAGAAGUCAAAAAGCGGAAAAUUGAAGCCGACCUUGAACAAAGCACCGAUAAUUUAGCUACUGGUGUUAGUAGUAGCAAGAAGAAGCGCAACCGCCAGCGAGGACGAGAACGCAACCGGGAUAAUGUCGAUAUCGACGAUACCGAGGAGUUGCAAAGUGAGGAAAAGAAUGUCGAGUGGGUACCUCCGGAGAAUCAACGUGGUGAUGGGAUUACAUCACUUAAUGCAAAAUUCGGUUAUUGAAUUAUCAAUAUAAA